GGGAGGAAGGGGAAAUGAUUGUACAAAGCUCGCGAAGACCGUAGGCUUUGUUUUGUUUUUAGCCACAGGCCAAAAUGGCCAGGAUUUUCUUUUAGUUAGUUCUCGGUUUUAACGCGUGUUGAAAAAGGGGUUGAAAUAGCGUGUUGUCGUGAGUGAUCGCUGUUUCCAUUCAGUAAGAUAAGCGCACAGCGUCUGAUGCUAUUUCUCUUCUUUGACAUAGCUCGCUCGUUGGAAAGUAGCUUGGCCUGUGACGUUCUCUUCGGCAAAAGGAAGUUAGCACUAGGUAAAUACAUUAGCAAACGGUAGGGUUUCUUUUAUGUUUUGUUGUGUGAUUUAAUCAUCUUUACCUUAGAACCUUUGUCGAUGAACAAAGAAUUGACAUUUUCUUAAAUUAAAUUCGAGUAAAGUACGUUCGAUUUACUCAAAUUAAAGGCGUUUAACUAACUAGCCUUUAUGUACUGGUAGCUGCUUAUCAACCCAGCCAGCCAGUCCCUUUGUUAGAUUUUACUUACUGAAAUUGUUUUACCGUUUAAGUAUUUUAAUCAGUAUUCUGAAGUGACAGUGUUACGCUUCUUCGAAACGUUAAACGAGGCCUCCGUUUCCCUUGAACUGAAGUUAGCAUAGCACGUACUGUAGGUAGUUUUAUUCUCGCCCGAUCAUGUACGCACCUCCGGGACCAGCCGUCCCCGGAAACCGGCGUAGGCGAGCCGGCACAGCGCUGCCCAAGCAGCCGGAGCGCAGCCUGGCCUCGGCCCUCCCCGGUGCUCUCUCCAUCACGGCCCUCUGCACGGCACUGGCCGAGCCUGCGUGGCUCCGGGUCCACGGAGGAAACUGCCCGAGACAGGAGCUCGGAGUGGCGGACGUGCUGGGAUACAUUGACCCCAAGCUCUUGGAAGACUACUGCUUUAACUCCCAGACCAUCCUGCUCCUGCGGGUCAUCGCGGCGUUCUGCUUCCUGGGGAUCCUGUGCAGUCUGACGGCCUUCCUGCUGGACGUGUUCGGACCCAAGCACCCAGCGCUGAAGAUCACCCGCAGAUACGCCUUCGCCCACAUCCUCACAGUCCUGCAGUGUGCCACGGUGAUCGGCUUCUGCUACUGGGCGUCGGAGCUGAUCCUGGCGCUGCAGCAGCAGCACAAGAAGUACCACGGCUCGCUGAUCUACGUCACCUUCGCCAUCAGCUUCUACCUGGUGGCAGGUGCGGGCGGAGCCUCCAUCCUGGCGACGGCUGCCAACCUGCUGCGCCACUACCCCAGCGAGGAGGAGGAGCAGGCGCUGGAGCUGCUCGCCCAGAUGGAGGACGGCACCGACGCCUUCCCCGCCGACUACGACAUCGCCAACCAGUUCCAGCCGCCGCCCGCCUACACACCGUAGCAGCACGGGGUCGCCUGACGCACCCCGCCCCCCCCCCCCCCCCCCCCCCAACCCCCACCUACGCACCGAGCACCCCCACAGCAAAGGGGACAGCAUCCUACCCCCCCACCGCCCUCCUUCACGCACCAAACACCCCCGUGUCUGGGCUGAUCACCGCACCGCACCGCACCGCAUCGUACCGCACCGCAUCGUACCGUACCGCCUCCCUCCUCUCCCUCGGCCCAGACGGCCCUCACGCACCCAGGAGAAACCACUGUUUGCCUCGCUAUCAGCAGAACCUCAGACACUCGGGCUGCCCAGGAUCUGAUCGCCACCCCCCCCCCCCCCCCCUGUCCCUCUACGUGCCCACGACCCCCCCAGCCCCCUCGUCUGUUGACCUCCUCGCCCAAUCCUAACGCGUCCUGGCCGAGCCCUGCCCUGCCCUGUUCCAACCGCCUCCUGCGCACACACACACACACACACACACACACACACACACACACACACACACACGCACUCUCUCUCCUGCGCGGGCUGGCGCUGUGCUGCUGGUGCUGCGGUUGCAUGAAACAGGCGUAAGGGUGUGUGUGUGUGUGUGUGUGUGUGUGUCCGUCAGGGCCGCCGCCGCUGGACUGCUCGUAGUGUCCGCUCCACCAUGCCAUGUUCUCUUGCAGUAGGCUGCACGCGCGCGCGCGCGCGGCUGUCCUCAACGCAGGGUCCCUCAGAGUGUUCGAUACGGUCCGGCACGCUCGCUCAUGGCCCUAGCGGAACGUCCUGUUGUGUUGAAUGCUUUAACUGGAGGCAUUUGAGUCCUGUGUGUAUCAGUUCACCACUCCUCUUUUGUUUAGAACCGACUGCGUAACCGCAGAACCCGUGCCAACAUGGCGCCUCCCUCUCGCCCUCCAGCGCAAUAAUACCGGAUCGCUAAACGCGGUGCAUAGUUGCUGGCGGUUCCCUGAUCCGUAACAUUUCAGUGUAAGGCACUUUAAACUGGAGUCACAGAGAUAAACUGGAGGUCUGCAGGGAUCUCCAAGACCACCAGACUCCAGGUCCGCUCUGAGUCUGACACGGAGCUGGCACAGAUUGGGCAUAUGUCUCGGACAGCUUGGCCACAGAUUGCUACUAGCGUCAGAUAUAAUCCGUACAAGGGUUAUUCUAGUUAACAAAAACCGAGAUUAAAACUAAAAUCAGUGAACCCUGUCAGUGAAACUCAGCGAAAACAUUUUCACUGAUUUCAAAGUUUCACCGUUUUUUUUUUACAUUUUUUAACUGAAAUAAAGCUCUCAAACUAGUUAGUUCCGCAAAAAUAAAUCUAUCCCAUCUCUGCUCCAUGAAGACGUGUUGAUAUAAUGUACACCAGCCCUGGAUAUCGGCCCUUCGUUGAGGUUCCUGCUAAUUUUCACAGUCGUUUGUGCACCCCACCCCACCCCACCCUAACCUAACCUGACCUAAUAUAACCUAGCCACCCAAAGUCAGCAAGCUUGCCUCUGCACUUGAAUAACACUCCCACUUCAAUAUGCCAGGUGUCUGUGUCUCGUCUUCAUUAAACUUCCCCAAACAUUUCUUGCAUUUUAUUUGUUCCCCUUUAAUACGAGUCCCGAGCUGCCCCUCGGCAUCCAAAAAAAGUCACGUGAGCAAAAUCUAAAAUCCAAGGUCCCCUUUUAAAGUUUAGGCUAUAAUUAUUAAUAUUAUUAUUUAUUGAAGAGCUGAAGAUCAACUGUGCUCAAAGAUGGGCAUGCAUUUGUUUUAGUGACCUCCUCCUGGGUAAUUAGCUAACCAUGUGCUUGGCUUGCUUUGAUCUGAGUGAAGAAAUGUCGGCCUAGAAACGUGGUGGUGUUCACGCCAUGCGGUCCGACUAGUCCAUCCACACCUCGCGGAGAAAGCCAGGAGAGGACUCUAGGACCCUGGGACUAAUCGUGGACACCUCACCAAAGGUCUUGCCAUAUGACACCAGUCUCCCAGAUUUGCCAUCAUCUUUUGGAUAUAGUUAUAUUUUCACCCUCUUUUUAUUUCUUUAUCUUUAGGCCUAAUUGUCUGUAACUGUGUGGGUGUGUUGAUGAUCGCAUACGACCAUCCUGGGGGUACUCCUAGGAGAGUGUGGAAGAUUUAUUUGGCUGUGAGAGUGAGUGAGUGUGUGUGUGAGUGUUAGCGUGAUCCUGUGUGCAUGUGUGUGAGGGAGAGAGACAGACUGCUUCCUGUUUGAUUUUUGCCGUGCUACUUUUCGUGGAGACCGUGUGGUUCUGGCCGUGCACUGGUGAUAGGGACGUUGGGGUCGGGGCGCCGAGAUUGGGAGAACCUGAUUGUAAUCUUUUACUGUUGAAUUUUUACAUGCAAUGUUUUCUGAAAAGGUGAUUUGUGUUGGUUUAUACUGUUUUUUUUUGUUUGUGUGUUAAUUUCGGUAUUGUAGCUUCAUUUUAAUAAUGUGUUUUAAGAGGUGAAGUAAAAUCUAAACUGAUA